AUGAGAGUGCUUGCCCUACGUUCGCAUAAAUCACCAAUUACAUGUAUAGUACCACUAUCAGAUGACUAUGUGCUUACAUCUGACCAAUCGGGUGUGGUUAUAAAGUGGAGUUUGCCAAUCAAACGACCGGUGCUCACGUGGACUGCUCAUACUGAUUCGAUUUUGACUCUAUUGAAAUGGCAUCGAUAUAUAAUCACCCAUUCACGAGACUCGACUAUUAAGAUUUGGCUUGAAGAUAAGCUACAGUAUGAGUUCCCUGUCAAUGCAUUGAAUUUCUCCAACUUGGUUCUUUUCCAAGAUCGUUAUUUGGUCACACCAGCCACAACUGACUCAAACAAUAUUGACAUUUACCGACUCAAUGAUGAACCUAUAAGUAUCACGCGUGAAGUUGCCAACUUUUCGAGUUAUAAUUUAGUGCACAAGUUGAAAUUGGAUGAUAUACAAGGGAGAAACGAUUUUGGUAUCGUCAUGAAGAUGCUUAUAAUUGGACAAGUGCUAUACAUUGGUUACGAAUCAGGGGACAUCAUAGGACUCACAAUAACUUUACCUCAACCGUCCAUCACGCAAAGCUCAACAACAACACUGAUUAUCAAUAAAGACGUGAAGCUUUGUCUCCAAUAUCACAAUUCAUCGCAUGCGCCUAACCCAAUCAUCUCACUAGCCGCCUUGGACAAUACUCUAGUGUCUGGAUCAACAGGCAAAAAGGUGAUAAUUCACACCGACCCAGUCAAAAUUUGCAAAUUGAAUGAAUCGGGAAUUCAAGCUAUAGUUCCAUACGAUGACAAUCUCAUUGUUGGGUUCUGGAAUGGCGUAAUUGAACUGCCGACUCGAUCUAUACAGACUAUACAACGCAGCUUACCUCAUAUUGACGCAGAAGAUAUGAAAACUACGGUAAAGUUAACAUGUAUGUGCAUGUUGUCCAAAUCCGAGUCAAAGGCUGCUGUCGAGAGGUACUCUAAACUAAUAAAGCAAAAGAAGUAUGGAGACUUGUUGUUGGUGGGUUAUGAAGAUGGAACAAUUGUGGGAUACACAUUCAGCUAG